CAGACUGAAGCAAUUCUCUGGAUGGGAAGAUCCCUUUGGAGAUGAAGAUGCUAGGGUCGCGGGAUGCUGCCGAGCCACUCGCUCCGCGUCACCACGGUUUCCGGAAACCCCCUACCCUGAGUCCUUGGUCUCCCUCCUAGUUCCGGGGAAGUGCAUCGAGUGGGCUGAAGGCGCGAGUUGGCCUUGAGGAAACAUCGGCGGCUGCACAAAACGAAGAGGCCAGGCGAAAAGGAAGCACCUAAUUCCCCGGUUGAUUUUUUCGCUUCCCUUUUACGGUAGAGGCGCGAGGCCCGGGUGGCGCGCACGUAGUGGACACCUGCGCCGACGGAACGCCAGGGAGCGCGCGAGCCCCGACGCCCAGGAGAGGCAGCGGCGCCUUGGAGAAGUCGCUGGGAGCUGGGUGCACAGAGACACAAAGGCUGGUGAUGCGGGGGCAGCUGAGGGACCGGCAAAGAGAAAGCGAAAGCCCAGUGCCUGGGCAGUGACGGGGUGAAGGCGCCGCGCAGCGCUUCCGACACCGACAGUUCCCGGGCCUGCCCUCUGGGGGUUCUCAGGCCGAGCCCGGCGCGAAGCGGCCAUGGCCAUCGCCCACCUGGCCACCGAGUACGUGUUCUCGGACUUCUUACUGAAGGAGCCCUCGGAGCCCAAGUUCAAGGGGCUGCGGCUGGAGCUGGCCUUGGACAAGAUAAUCACAUACAUCACCGUAGGAAUGCCCUUGCUGCUCAUCUCCCUGGCCUACGCGCAGGAAAUCUCGAUGGGUACACAGAUAAGCUGUUUCUCCCCAAGUUCUUUCUCCUGGCGUCAGGCUGCCUUCGUGGAUUCUUACUGUUGGGCUGCUGUUCAGCAGAAGUCACCCUUGCAGGGCGAUUCUGGGAACCUUCCACUGUGGCUGCAUAAGUUUUUCCCCUACAUCCUGUUACUGGUUGCCAUCCUCCUGUACCUGCCGUCCCUGUUCUGGCGUUUUGCUGUUGCUCCACACAUUUGCUCAGAUUUGAAGUUCAUCAUGGAAGAACUUGACAAAGUUUACAACCGAGCAAUUAAAGCUGCGAAGAGCGCACAUGACCUUGACCUGAGAGAUGGUGUCUCCCCAGUACCUGACUCUCAUGAGAACGUAGGGCAAAGUUUGUGGGAGAUAUCUGAAAACCACUUCAAGUACCCAGUUGUGGAACAGUACUUGCAGACAAAGAAAAACUCUAAUACUUUAAUUUUGAAGUACAUCAGCGGCCGGGUGCUAACACUCAGCAUUGUACUGUUAUCAUGUUUCUACCUGGGCUAUUACGUUAGCCUCUCUUCCUUCUCGGAUCAGUUUGUCUGCAACAUCAAAACAGGGAUCCUGAGAAAUGAUAGCACAAUCCCUGAUCAGAUUCAAUGCAAACUCAUCGCAGCUGGCAUCUUCCAGUUGCUCAGUUUCAUUAACCUCGUGGUUUAUGUUCUGCUGGUUCCCAUAGCUGUCUACACGCUGUUUGUUCCAUGGCGCCAAAAGAUAGAAGUUCUCAAAGUGUAUGAAAUCCUGCCCACUUUUGAAGUUUUGCAUUUCAAGUCUCAAGGGUACAAUGACUUGAGCCUCUACAACCUUUUCUUGGAGGAGAAUAUAAGUGAACUCAAGUCAUACAAGUGUCUUAAGGUACUGGAGAAUAUUAAAAGCAGUUGUCAAGGCAUCGACCCAUUGGUUCUCCUGAUUAACCUCGGUACGGUCAAGGUGGAUGUUAUCGAUGGCAAAGCUGUUGAUGGCAAAAAUCACAAGCAGGAUGAGAUGAUGAAAGAGGAGCAGGGGAACCAGAUGGUAGGCCUUAAAGAUUUGAAUGUACAUGGUGGAACUAAAGCAACUAAUGGAAAGGGGAAUGCUCGACAGAGACUUCUGGAUCCUUCUUGCUGAUGAUUUUUUUGUCAACCUUAGAUCCAUGACUUCUCUGACAUGGGAUUCAUUUUGGCUAAAGUGCCUCUGUCAGGUUUCAGCUGGUUUGCAGUAAAUGGUUCUUGGUAGUGGCAGAACACGACUUACUGAUUUCCUAAUGAAAAUGACAAUGAGCAGAAUGUUGUGGGAGAACUGUUCAUGAACUUCCUUUGAGAAGAAAUGCAGAGAUAAGUAAACCACGGCAAGUGCUCAUCCAAUGAAAAGUGGAAAGACUAAUUAAAGUAAGAGUAGUAGCCCUUUUGGUGUCUCAAAGAAACACUUUUCUGUCUAGACAGUGUGAUGAAACCCAGAGCUACUGGAAAGCAAGGACUUCGGGAGAUUUUUUUUGUUGUUUUAUGAAGUAACAAUAAGCAUGGCAGGAUCCAGUUUAAUAUGGAUCUCCUACAAACCCUAAUGACUGUUGGACAAGAAAAACACUCACUGGCUGUGGACCCAGAGGUGCACCUGCUCUUGGCCUUAUCCUAAACUGGGAGAAAUGCUGGUGCCUUGGCCUUGCACACCCCGGCUCUCUUUACACUGCUGCUUGUGAGCCUUGGCUAACUGAAAUUCUCUGACCAGUUUUGUUGCCAUCCGUUAUGAAGGGCCCAGGCCCAAGCACUACCCUCACUGAAAACUGUAUAAGAUAAUAUCUAAAGGAUAUUUUAUUGUGACUUCUAUACAGGAAAGAAUGCUUCCAAAAGAGCCAGUGGGAAAAUCAAAACAUACAAGAACAGGUUAAUUCAGUCACCUUUCAAGGGUGUUCUUCAAUGUGUUCCUCUGUUAGCAAACGCAUUUGAAACAGGAUGUUACUUAAACAAAUUCACCAAAUGCAGAAUGCUUCAAGUGAGGCACAUUUUGCCUCUGAUCAGAACAUAUAAAUGACGUCUGCCAUAUGGUGUGCCUAAAGCCAGAACAACUUAACAGUUUACUUUAUUUAUAAUUAAAUACGUCAUUUAAAAAUUUAUUUUGACUUAGAAUCAUAUGGCGUCAGAAUUGAGGUCAUUUGGGAAGAGCAUUCUGUCGCUGGUGGACAGUCACAGAAUAAAAGAUACAAAUGGGUAUGUGAUAUAAAUGCAAGUAUCACUUCAUAAACAUUUAAGGCAGAUUCAGAACAGAUAAAAACUUUAACGAAUUCUGACCAUGUAAAUGCAUUGUCAUUAUAUUUAUAUUUUAUACAAAAUCCUUUAAAGUGACAUCUGUGGACCUCUCAUUUUCAUUCUUAAAAAGUUAACACAUUGCUGAAGUGAGGAAUCCUCAGGCACCUCAGAGUUUACAUAUGGCUUUAGAGACAGUUAUUGACCUGAUCUCAUGUCUGUUUGGUGAAAAACAAAAGUUAUAUAAGCUGUUCUUUGUCUUUCAGAAAUUCACAAAGCAGAUUUGUGUGUGUGUGUGCGCACUUCUGUGGCGGUUUUUUGAAAUGGAUAGCUAAUGAUAAAUAACCAAGAAUGCAAUCAGUGCUUUAAAUUAUUCUUAUUUCUUGAUAUUUAUUACUACUAAAUUGUAGUGGAAAUGACAGUAACCUAAAUAACCAGUUUUGUUACAUAUUUAUAUCAUUGUAUCUGAGAUGUUUGAUCCCAAUUCUCUACAUUCAUUACUUUUUAUAAUUUGAAAAGAUUUCUGAAGUAUAUUUUUUUAUGAUAUGCUUUUUUUCCAAAAAAUCUUCAUCUUUUCUGUGGAUUGCCCCUAAUUUGUAUUUCGAAGGAGUGAAAGUGGGCACAUUAUUUAGGAGAUCAGGAACUCUCUAAGUCCCGUUACCUGUCUUCCUUUCAUCAGAGUUAUAAUUGGCCUCUGUUCAUUCCCCCAUUCCUACAUUCUGAGCUCCGAUAGGGUCUGUGACGUCCCAGACAUCACACUAGUCUCUGACUGCAUGGGUAUGAAUGAGACAGGUCCUCAUCGUUGAAGAGUUGCGAGUCCAGUAAAAGGCAGUAAAGAUAGAGGCAGGUACCAAGAAGAGGAAGAGUAGCCACCAUAAAGGCCCUUCCAGAAAACUCAUAGCCAAUGCUCUGUGUUCCUGGGAAAUACCAUGCUAUUUUUUUCUUUCUCAUAGUUUCUGUUUCUGGUGGCUUUGAGACUCUACCUACAGUUUUCCCAGAGGCUCUAGUUACUUGUUCCCUGGACUGCAGCUUGGACAAAAUCAUAUCAGAGAUGGGGAUUUUGAACAGUAAGCGCUCCAGUCACUCCACCUUUCACACCUCACCUGGCGGGGGUGGGGGGCACAAGCCGAUGGGGCACGUGGAGCUGCCCAUGAACAGUCAUGGCGCCAGGAGACUGAUGCGGAUGUCUGGACAUGUAUUUCAGCUUGGACAAAAAGUGUUGUUAGGAAAAUUAACUUAUCUGUCCACAGUGAGUUACUGGCCUAAUGGUCUGCUUUUCAGGAGCCAGACUCCUGAGGGUGAGGGGUCAUUGAUUGCUCUGUAAAAGAAAAUAAACAUCCUAAAUGGUCACCCCUAGCAGCUGGCCCAGGCCUUCCUAGUAAACUAACAGGGGGCUUUUAAACCAGACUCAUAACACUUGUGUUGCAGUUGGGACUGGGACCCAUCAUUCUGAAUGCAGUGACCAGCUGCGUGUAUAAUUUUACCAAGAGACAGGCAGAGAUCCUCCAAUGCAGAGGUUCUUAAACUUUUAGGAAGUCACAAACUCCCUUGAAAAUACAUUUUUUAAAGCUAUUGACCUUCUCUUCAGAUAUACACAGACAUUAAAGAAACCUUCAGGAGUCCUAGUCCACACGCCCACGGUUAAGCUGUGCUUUACUGGCUGAAGGCCAGCCCACACAGGAGAGAAAAAGAACUCUGGCAGCCCCUGCUGCCUUUGUGGAAACACUAAGUCUAAGUUAUAUGUUUAUUUUUGAAUGAAGUGUACAUUUUGAGUAACUGACUUCAUUUUCUAGAGUCAGACUGGAAACGUCAGUUGCAAGAGUUGGAAGAGGUAGCCUGGAAUGAUGGGGCAGUUGGCCAUGACCACUGUUCUCUUAUUCCAGACCCAAAUCACUGUCCCUGUGCAGCCUCGCUUUAAUGUGAGGAGGGUGGCAUAACACUUGUAAAGUGCUUUGUCCUGCUGUGUAGUGGUUCUGUCCCAAAGCUAGAAACUUCCAUUUGUAUGGUGGGUGUUGAUGUUCGUGUUUCAUUUGUGGAAACAACGUGUUCACUGAGUAUCUUCUCCCAUCCAAGAAUGAGCAAAGGUGGGGCAGCGGGACACUGGGAGCUUGUUCCUGGGAGAAUUAGUUCAGCUGUUAGAGGCAGAUGGAUACACACCUUUUUAAAUGCACUCAUGUUUGGUUUAUUUUGCUAUUGUCAGUUCUGGGUAAAUAGCAGAUCCAUGGGGGUGGGAGUUUUUAUCCAGUGCUAUAUACGUCAAGCUCCUAAAACAAUGACUGUUGUGUAGUGGGCAUUCUCAAAUAUUUGUUGUAUGCACGAACACACUGUUAUGAUAAGUCCUAGUUUUCUGACAACUGUGAUUUGAUUUUAAAAGGCAGAUGGUUCUCUGAAGGAGAGAGGAAGAGAGGCUCAUUUAGCUUCUUGGUGGAGAAGGAACUAUUUCUGCAAAUGAAUAGGUUCCCACAUGUAAAUAGUGACAGUUCGUAGCUUUUUAUUGUAGAGUUAGUCAUGAUCACUUUCCAAAUUCAAAACAAGUUCAAUGUUACCUUGUAAUGAUUAAAGAAAUUGAAGUUUUAAAGGUCCCGGUCUCUGUAACUUUCCAGAAUAAUCUCAUGGAAAGGAUUGUUCAUUAAAAUGUGCAAUUAUCAGUAAUCAAGGUUUCAUCUCUCAGGGCAUCCGAUGAACUAGCUCCUUCUGGGCAGUCAUUGGCUUUGGCUCUAUUUUUCACAAGUAAAGUAAAAUCUUUAAAAAACAGGUUGUCAAAGAUGAUACUGUGUUAUUUGUGGAAUGUCAUAAAUGUUAAUCUGUGCUUGGUUUGUCUUGCCUGCUUUAAAUGAAGUGUUUUGUUCUUGGUUCUCUUCUUAGUGGUUAAAAUACUUUGUCACUUAAAGCAUGCGGUUUGAUCAGUAAUUGUUAUUCAAGUUCCUGAAAGUUGUAAAAGCUUCUCAUGCCUUGAGUGGGUGCCCCCUGCCCACCAGGGAGGAAAAGCCUUGUAAAGUUCUACGAGCUCACGUGUUCCCUACAGAAACGAAGCCAUCAGCUCCUCUUUGACAAGUUGGCUUUUUAAAAACAUCAUAAUUACAGUUUAAUAGUGCUUCUAGGUAUAAUUAAAAUUGUGUUUAAUGACUACAUUUCUUCAAAACUUUUAAAGAAAAACAUGUUCUUGUUACUGUAUCCUUUGAUAAGAAGGGUGGCUUCUGUUCCACAAAAAAAUCAAAAGAUGAGAACAUAUCAUGGUUUAGAAAGUGAUCCUUAAAAACACCAGAAGCACUUUGAAAGCUCUGCAUUCUAGUGGUUAUCACUAGUAUAUUUCAUGUUUCCAUGGGAGCCAGUUGUCCGAGAUCUGCAUUCUGAUCAUGCUGGCUUCGUUUAAGGAGGGAUGAAAGGCGGAAGUCAAGGCUGUGGUGUUCAUACAUAAGGGCGAAACAGUGUUUGGUUCCACAUUAUUGUGUCCACCUAAAUAAAACUUCUCUGAGUAA